CAAGAGCAGAUAGCUUCACAACAUGGAAACUCUAUUUUGGUUAGGAAUUCCACCUCUCCAUCUUAAGAGAGCUUCCCCUUUUUGUACAGAAAGAAGCCCAACUCUCCUCUUCACCACCGCCAAACACAUUCCUUUGAUCAAUACUCAAAGAACAUUGAAACUACAAGUAGAAGCCAAAGGUUUUGGUGGAGACUCAGUUACUGUGUUUGAGAACAAGAGAAGCCAAAGAGAUAAUAAUGGUGAAGAUGAUGAUGAUAACGAUACGAUUCCAAAGGUUAUAUUCAAGAGAAUGAUGGUUCGAAUCUUGUUCUUCGUGGGCUCUCUCAUGGGAAUUGGUCUAGCAAUGUUACAGGUAUUUGAUGAACUCAACGAACAACAAGUGUGGGAUGUACCACUUUGGCUUCCUUUCUUGAUGGCAUCACUUGCCUUUGGAACUUCUGGGGUUGGACUUGCUUAUGGCACUCUAUCUACAAGUUGGGAUCCAGAGAAGAAGGGUUCACUUCUUGGGUGGGAAGAAGCUCAACAGAAAUGGCCUGAGCUAUGGAAGGAAGAAAGGGAAAAAGACAGGGAAUAGCAAAACUCACCAGUCCGAGCUCCUUGAUGGACGUUUCGAUUGAUUCCAUCUCAUUGCCACCAGCACCUGCUGAAGAUAGAGGAAGUUGCAGUAGAAGAUGCUCUAGAUCAACCACAUCUUCCUUCCCCAAAUUGACUGAGAUUUCGUUCCCAUAUUGCAGAUGGUCCUUGAAACUUUACAAGCAACUUCCAUGAGUGCUUCUCGAUUUUCCAAUUGAAGACUAUAAAACAACAAUUGGAGAAUGGCAUCUGAGUUCUUGACGGUGAACAUUCUUCCCUUCCCUGUGCGGAAAACAUAGGUUCCGAAAGGCCUGUAAGGACUAAGCUCGAUGAAGCUAGUAACUGUUUGCAACAACGAAUUGGUACACCCCAUGAAUGUGCAAGCGGUGUGGCUGGCAAGGGACGAAGCAUUUCUCACUACAUCAUAGAAGGACGAUGAUGCUUCUUGAGAUCUAGCAAUUGAUUCCAGCUGGGUUGAGUUGAAGCAUAGGAGAAGGGUCUGCAAUUUUCCUUUGAU